CGAUGGUUCGAUCUCCGUGACAGCCAGCAAUUGCUUUGAAGCAUUGGAACCUCGACACAUCAUGCUCCGCAAGUUUGCCCAACGCCACUUCGUGCCGACGAGCCAGCGAUACCAGCGUGCGUUCGCAGCUCCGCGCUUCUUCUCCACUGAGCCUUGUAUGGAUGACGACGACGACGAUACGACGGAAAACGGCUUGUUGGACCUGCAUUUCACCCAAGAAGACGAUGGCGUGAAGCGUCCAUUCCGAUUUGUUGGCAUCCGCGACGUCGAAAUCGAAGACAAGCGCUACGAAGAUCGCGAUCAAACCGUGAAACCCAAGAACGCGCCGAUUGUGCUCCGCAACAGCUACGGAUACCCUAACUUUGUCUCGCUCUACGUGGACACGCUGCCCAAAUGCGUCGAGUACAUGAAGCAGAACAACAUUCCCCACGACCCACCUCGAAAGAACGAAGAGGGGGUGGACGUUGUCACGAUCCCGCCGACCCCUGAGAGCGCGCCGCACUUUGACUUGUGCGACAAGCCGGCCUUCGUCGAGCUCUUGCAGGCGUCGCCCGACCUCAUCAAAGAGUUCGAAGACAACGAACGUGAAAACUCGAAAACCUCGUUUGACGACUAAACAAAUUUUGCGCGCGAACAUUGCAUAGAUUAACCAAGUGAAAAGGACGCGACCGUUUCAAACUCGUCAUUGUCAAAUUUGCAGCUCCCUACACACGCGGCGGCGGUCGAUGUCCAACGAGUGGCUCCCCGUACAGCGGCGCGAGCUUCUACAUUGGUGACGGUGUCAUGCACGACAACAUGACACGCAAUCGACG